ACGUUUCCCAUUCUCAACUUCCUGUUACUUUGGUAAGUCCCGUUGUUGUUGUUGCGAGUUGACGUUAGUGAAGUUAGCUGAUGAACUGGCACAAAAAAAUCGCGCCAUAAGAAAAGUGAUAUAAAACCGUGCGAAAACAAUGGCCGACAUAAAUAGACAACUUAAAGAAUACCUGGCACAGUCCAAAGGGAAUUCAAAGACGACAUCGCAGUCCAGCUCAAAUACCGUUGUCGACAUGGGUGAAGAAACAGGCUCAGUGAACGGGACCUGGUUUGGGAGCUGGUCGAGUCCAUUUUCGGGUCACAGCAACGGUGGCGGAACGGCCCAAGGUUCUAACACCGGCUUUUCCUGGCCCUGGUCCUCUGAACCUGACCCGUGUCUGCCGGGCAUGAGCCGUUCGCAGCGACUGGUCGCUUUUGGAGCAUGCAUUUUACUCUCCGCGCUCUGUUUCGGACUAUCUGCUCUCUACGCACCUCUGUUGCUCCUCAAAGCCCGGAAGUUUGCUCUUCUGUGGUCUCUUGGCUCGGUUUUCGCUCUCCUCGGCGCGGCUGUGUUGCGAGGACCCAGCAGAUUCAUAACGACUCCGACUCCGGGCGCUGCGGUGUAUCUGUGCUCCCUCGCAGGCACGCUAUACGCGGCGCUAAGCCUCCACAGCACGCUGCUUACAGCCCUUGGUGCAGCUGUUCAGGUCGCCGCAAUCGUUGGCUACGUCGUUGCUUUGCUCCCCGGCGGAAGCAAGGGUAUACGAUUCGUUGGCGGCUUGGCAGCAUCGGCUAUCAAGAGGACGGUUUCGGGGAAGACCAUGCCGAUUUGACACGGACCAUAGAUGACUAGCUUGAUUGCUAGCGGACUUGAUAUGAACUGGACGCGAAAGCACAGACAUUUGGGCGGUUGUGGAUUACAUUCACCUGGACGCAGAUGGAUAACUUGAAACACCGAGAUGUGACGCUUCGAGCAAGACAGGCUGGAUUUACACAGGACUGUCGAAUAAGGGUAUUCAUUACAAAAACUGUGACAAGGGGGGGGGGGGUCAUGCGACUACAAUACUUGGCGGAAGCCACAGAUAUGACGCUAUGGGUGACAUGUAAUUAAACACAUUUAAUUUAUAAAUUGACCGCAAAAUACAUUCGGCGUGAUUUUACUAACUACGACAUUCAAUAAAAUCCGAAAUAAUGCAGAAUGCCAUCAAAGACAAUUUUUGGUGAAAAAAGUAUCCAUAGUUGCAACAUUUUUUUUGGGUGGGGGUAAAAUCAAAGGCAUUUCAGUUUUUUUUAAAAAGCCGGAAUACAUUCAAGCACGUAAAGAAUCAAUAUUUGUACCGUGGUUACGAUCCAAACAUCAGUUACUUGUCUCCAGUCUCACCCCUCGGCCGCCAAGUGCGUCCCUUGAAGCCGUGGUCACGGCUGCAGUGUUAGCUUCAGCGGGGACUGGUCUGCGUGACUGUGCUUCAAACUGCUGCCCUGCAGACACCUUAAACCUGUCCAAUGUAACUGGAUAACUAAAUGGUGGAUAAUAAAAUGGUUAAAGCAA